AUGAUAAAAAGUGACAUCUCAUCAACCAUGUCAAGGAUUCUUGACAACCCAGGACCCACUCGCCGCCCUGCACCGCAGGAAUAUAGGCUCCUGGCCGCCAGCCACGAGGAGGAGCUGCCCGGGGACCUGCAGUCUCUGUCCUGGCUCACGGCCGUGGACGUGCCGAGGCUGCAGCGGAUGGCAAGUGGACACUUGGACCUGGGUGGCCCUGGAGGGACACACACACAUCCAGGAGCUGUAGCCGGGGCAGCUGGCCCACACGUGGGAGCCUCCCCGGGGCCCCUGCUACAUGGCCCGGCUGGCCUGGCCCCCCCAGGGGUGUUGGGCCUGGGCUCCCUCGGCCACAGAGCCAGCCAGGUGGCCCAGUUUCCCGUGGGGGGCCCUCCCACUCCUGGCCUGCAGGACCCCCAGCCACUGUUCACUCCCAGUGCCCAGCCACCAUUCCCGAUCCCCCAGGGUGCCCAGCAGUGCCCUCCCUUGGGUCUCUAUGGCCCCCCGUUUGGAGCUAGACCUCCCUACCCCCAGCCCCGCAUGGCCGGGCACCUGACUCGGGAGGUGAACCCCAAACACUACCCCAAGCCCAUCUACUCCUACAGCUGCCUGAUUGCCAUGGCUUUGAAGAACAGCAAGACGGGCAGCCUGCCCGUGAGCGAGAUCUACAGUUUCAUGAAGGAGCAUUUUCCCUACUUUAAGACAGCUCCCGACGGCUGGAAGAACUCGGUCCGCCACAAUCUCUCCCUGAAUAAAUGCUUCGAGAAGGUGGAGAACAAGUCAGGCGGCUCCUCGCGCAAGGGCUGCCUGUGGGCGCUCAACCUGGCGCGCAUUGACAAAAUGGAGGAGGAGAUGCAGAAGUGGAAGCGGAAGGACCUGGCCGCCAUCCACCGCAGCAUGGCCAACCCGGACGAGCUGGACAAGCUGAUCUCUGACCGGCCUGAGAGCUGCCGGCGCCCCUGCCGGCCGGGGGAGCCCGAGGCCCCGGUGCUGAGCUGUGGUCCCGCAGUGGCCGUGGCCCCCAGCUGCCUGGCCGUGGCCCAGCUCCCACCCCGGCCACUGGUGACCCUGUCCCUGCAGGCCGUCCCCCUGCUCCACCAGGGGCAGCCGCUGACCCGCCAGGCCCCGGACUCGCCCGCGCCGGCCCAGACCCCGCCCCUGCCGCACCCCCAGGCCCCCGCUGCCAGGGUAUCCCUGGACUUCCCUGGCCUCGCCACCGACCUGAGCCCUGAGGUGGACGCCCUGGACCCCAGCAUUGUGGACUUUGCUCUGCAGGGAAACCUCUGGGAGGAGAUAAAGGAGGAAGGCUUUAGCCUGGAUGCACUGGGGACCUUCGGGGACACCCCGCUGGGCUGUGAGCUGCCCCCUGUCCCCCCCGGCGUCGACCAGCCCUUCCCAGACCUGCAGGUGACUGGGCUCUACACGGCCUACUCGGCUCCGGACAGCGAGGCCCCUGCCCCCCAGCACCUGGGCGCCCCGGGGAACAAGCCCAUUGCCCUGCUCUGAGA